CCACCAAAAAAUCUAUAGCAUCAUCAUCAUCAUCGAAUCUUAUUGAAGGAAUAACCCAGAAAAAAAAUUCUAAAAACCCAAAUCACUGUCACACAAAUACGCGAUCGAUCCCACCUGUUGAAUCUGUGUGUAUUGAAUCUUUGAAAUUGAUUGAACCACCUGGAAAAACAUUUUCCAUUCAGUUCAAUCUGUGUUUAUCUAUUUGUCAAUAUUCGAAAAACAAUCACAUCAUUUGGGAAAAUGGAAAUCAAAAUUUUUGUCUUAUAGAAAAUAAACCACCAGAGAAAUCUAUCUAAAAAAUCUGGUUUUUUCUAGAAAAUUUAAAGUCAUUAAACUGUAAUUGAAUCCUAUUGAUUUACGUAUCAUCAAUUAAUAUCAUCAUCAAAAAGUAGACUGUGUUAAUCAUCAUUAACCAGAGAAACAAACGAAAAUGUCGUUUAUCGAUGAUAAAACAUUGUCAGAUUCAAGUUAUAGUUUUGAUCAAAAUGAAGAACAUUUUGAAUUUACACCACAGUUUAAUGUUGGUGAUAAUGAUGAUUCAAUCGAUGAUGAUGAUUGUGAUGAAUUUAUAACCAAUCACCAUAAUAAUAAUAACAAUAAUAAUAAUUCGAUAUCAACUAAUGGCAACAGUGGUGGUGGUAAUUCAUCAUCAUUAAAAUUUAUUCAACGAAAUUCAUUAUUAAAUUCCAGUUUUCGAAAAUCAACACCGAUGAAAAAUAAAAAUUCUCUCCAUUCUAAUAAUUCAUCAAUGAAUGGCAUAAAUAAUUCACGUGGUUCACUAAGUUAUGAUUCCGAUAAUCAAUUGAUGAUCAAUGAUAAUAAUUCAAUGGAAGAAUAUAUCAUUCAUCUUACGGACAAGCUGAAAAAACUUCAGGAUCAGGUACAAUUCCUGCGUGAAGGACAACAAAAAAAUGAAGAAAAAUAUUCUACAAUGAAAAGAGAAAAUUCUACAUUAAAUAACAAAAUCAAUUAUCUGGAAGAACAAAUCAGAGAUAUUGAGUUACAAUCGGAAGAUAAACGUAAAGAAGUCGAACAACGCUUUCGUGAUUCAAUGGCUCGUUUAGAACGUGAAAAAGCACAAGAACUUGAAAAUUGUGUUUCGAGAAUUUGUUCAUUACAAAAAGAAUCUAUUGAAGCCAAAGAAGAGAUAAAACGUCAUCAACAAACAAUUGAACGUUUACAAGAUGUGCGGGAAAAAUUAGAAAUUGAAAUCCACGAUAAAAGUGAUGAAAUACAAUCGUUAAAAAAUGAGAUACGAAAAUUGAAAGAAAUAAUACGGCUAAAAAACGAAGAACGCGAUGCCAUUGAUUCAUCAUUAAUCGAGGCAAUUAAUCAUGAAUUGUCUAUUGAACGUAAUCAUCAUAAUUUAUUCGUAAACAAUAACAACAACAACAACAAUCAUGAUCAUCAUAAUAAUCAUCAUUCAAUUAAUCAUGAUAUUGAUAACGAAAUGUAUAGCAGUAUUCAUUCGGAAUUAGAACAACAAUUACGAAUAUUAAAAGAUGAAAAUAAAACAUUGAAAGAGAAUAAUGAAGAAUUAACCGCACAACUACUGAAUAAUCAUUUGAUUGAAGGCAAAAGCCUAUUGAAAGAAGGUGAAGCCAUUUCAUCAUUAGCUAGUGAAAUUAGUGAUCUCAAUUUGGAACAGCUAAAAACUGCCCUAAAAGAACAACAAGAUGUCAAUGCAAAAUUACGUGCAUACAUUGAUGGUAUAUUGCUCAAUAUUGUUGAAAAUUAUCCACAAUUGUUGGAGGUAAAAUCGAAUGGUGGUGGUGGUGUUGGUGGAACAACAACAACUGUCGCUGCUAAACAUCAAUCACCAUCAACUAAUAAUGGCAACCGUAGUAAACGAUUGUGAUAUUAAAACAUUUGUUUUUUUUUGUUCAUUCAUUUCGUCAUUAUUAUCCAUUUCUGCAAACUUUCACUGAUUUACGAAAUCCAAGUUUGUCUGAUUGUGAUUUUUUUUCCAUCCAUAUCAACUUCAUCAUAUAAUCAUUCAUCUUAGUAUUAUAUAAAACAAUCGAAAA